AUAGUUAAAUUCAAAAUAGAGUCAUUGAGGUGUAUUUGUACAAUUUUAUUAUGAAGAUUAAUACUAUUUUAUGUUUAAAUUACUCUUAAGUUAUCUUAGAAGUCCUGGUCGAGUCGCCGCUUAACUCCUGCCAUCAGUUUGACGCGAUGGCGCAGUUGAAGGUGUCUCAGGCCGCAAUUGCGUCCUAUCGGAGUCUCGUCGUCACAUGUUCUUGCCAAACACCUGUUGAAACUGUUUUUGUUGCCAUUAGUGGCGGUUGGCACUAUGGAAGCAGUGUUUCGGUUAAGUUCAAGCCAACAAUUAACCAUAUAAUCCAGAAUUGCAAUGCCUAGAACAAAUAGGACUAUACAAGCGGGAUUUACGGGCAGAUACGACAAAGAACUAUCCAUUGCGUGGUGUAGGUUUGGCGGGCGUCCUGAUGCGAGUGAUGUUCGGCUUCAUAAUGCAUCGAGUAUAUAUGCAGAACAGGUAGCUGUUCAUUUUAGCUUUCUGCUGGUGUUGGAUAUAUCAAUUACCUGACUAUUCAUAUAUAUGUACAUAUGUAUGUGCAUACCUGCAAGGGUAAACAGGCCACACAUGCUUGUGAUCAAUUCAUAAUCGGAAUCUUCGAAUCUUCAAAACAAUAAUUAGCUAAUUGUUCCUACAUAAUACACCCUACUGGAGGGAAUUGCAGCAAUCCAGUUGCACGUGGAGGCCCAAAUAGAACAGUUCAUUCGGAAAAGGACAAUGCGGCGACUUUUUCUGCUGGAUAUCUUCCUGUGGUUUGGCGUUCUCAUUGGUUUGACAUCCUACAGGCUGGUCGAUGAUAGAUUUAUUCAAACCCGGCUAACCAGAGUGUACACGUUGAUCGCCAACGUCAUCACAGUGACAAUGCUGCCUGUGGCUCUUAUAGGCGCGGCCAAAUUUAUUUCCGUGGAUGUCUGGCUGCCGAAGUUUAUGUGGAUCACUCCUUUCGUCCUUUAUGCGGUGAAUUACGCGGUCAUCGUCCAAACUCUGUUCUCGCGCUGUCAUCGGGACAGCAUACUGAUGGAGCUACACCAUUUGACUGUUAAAUUGAACCGCGAGAGUAGGCGAGCCGGAAAGCAGAUCAAUUCGAAGCUUCGGAGGCUGUUCUAUAUAAAGACCUUAACUAUGACGUUUCUAUGCCUGAGCUAUUUUUUGGGAACGUUCCUGUUCACCGACAACGUUACUUUUACCAUGAAGAUGAGCGCCAUUUUAAUUAACAAUGGCUAUAACAUCCUGAUUGCCACCACACACUUAUACUUUGUGUCACUCUGGCAAAUUGCUCGAGGAUAUGAUUUUGUGAACCAGCAACUGGAGGAGCUCAUCUCCACACGGGCACCGCUCACACCCGGGUACACCGAGGAGCUGCGUUGUCUCUGGUCUAUUCACGCCAUCCUCAGCCGGACAGCGAACAAGAUAAACAGGAUCUACGGUCGUCAGAUGUUAGCCUCCCGUCUCGAUUAUAUUACCUUCACUGUAAUCAAUGGCUACAUUGGAGCGAUUUACUCGCGCAGUCAACCCACGCACUUAUAUCAAAAAUGUUUUGGAGGCCUAAUCUAUUGGAUACGGACGGUGGACUUUUUUAUCACCGACUAUAUAUGUGAUUUGGUGACUGAGUACCAGAGCAUGCCGAAGGACACCGUUAGCGAGGGCGUCAUGUCCGACGAGCUGAGUUCGUUUGUGAUCUACCAGAACAGCAUGCAUCUUAAUUUGAAGGUUUGCGGUCUCUUCCGAGCCAAUCGAAAACAGUGGCUAAGCAUGAUGGGAGCUAUCAUAUGCCACUCCGUAAUGCUCCUGCAGUUCCAUCUGACGAUGUCUGCUACAAUAGCAAAACAAAACAAAUAAUAAUAAUA